GUAAAACACAGAAUGUUCCUGUUAGAAGAAAACACAGACAUAUUUUUCUGCGUUUUGAAAAUGCAAAGCAGGCCUUUCAUGACUUCGUACAGAUUACAUAUGCACCACAACUAAAAGCUCUCAGCAGUUUCCAGUGAUAGCUUGCAAUGGACCGAGACUCACACUGCGCAGCAGAAAGGGAGCUGUUGGAAGCUGUAAGCAGGAUUACUACAUUUUCUACCACAAGUCCAUCUGAUGAAGAACAAAAUCAACCCAAAGCUGAAAUUUCAUGUCAAGUGACAAAAGAAAACCCAGAAAAAGAUGACCUGCAAGCAACAAAGAAGCCUGGAGAAACAUCUGAUUCAGGAGAUUCUACAUUUCUUACGGCUACUUCUGGAAUGGGUGAAGCAUACCCCCUGCUCAGGCUGUGCCCGAGAUUCCAGUGCAUCCCUAAGUCCCAACUCUUCAAUGACCACUAAGGAGCUUCAGGAAUAUUGGAGGAAUGAAAAACGCCAGUGCAGACAAGUCAAACUCCUUUUUGAAAUCCCAUCGACCAGAAUUGUAGAGCACCACUUAUCUAAAUACGUGAUGUAUAAAAUCAUCAUUUUGCAAACAGGGAGUUUUGACAGCAACAAGUCUGUAAUUGAACGUCGUUACUCAGAUUUUGAGAAACUGCACAGAAAUCUACUGGAGGAGUUUAAUGAAGAAAUGGAAGAUGUGACCUUUCCCAAAAAAACUCUAACAGGGAACUUCACAGAAGAAAUAAUCAAUGAGAGAAAAUUAGCCUUCAAGGACUAUCUGAGACUUCUAUAUUCUAUGAAAUAUAUCCGAAGAUCAAAAAAAUUUAUUGACUUUUUAACAAGGCCAGAGCUUCAGGAAGCAUAUGGUUGCCUGCGGGGUGGCCAGUACACCAAAGCUUUGGAAAUCCUUUUAGAAGUCAUUGGUCUGCAGGAAAGGUUGACAAGAGGCAACCCUGUCUCAGUUGUCCCUACUCUCUGUGCUAUCGUAGUGUGCCACAAGGACCUGGAAAACCCAGCAAGUGCCUUUGAAUAUGGAGAAAAAGCUCUAUCACACCUGCGUAUGCAUAGCAGCCACAGGUAUUAUAUUCCAUUGUUAGAAACAAUGAUCACUUUGGCAUAUGAACUUGGCAAGGAUUUUCUGUCUUUGCAAGAAAAACUAGAAGAAUGGAAGGCAAAAAAAGAUCCCAUACGGGUUUUUACCCUGAAAGAACUUGCAGUUCGGGAGUAUGUACAAUGAACACAAGAAACAAUUUCAUUGAAGAGCAAAGCUGUCAGCUCCUUUUCCCAAACACAAACUCUUAAAAGAGUAAGAACUGGAAAUUACCUGUUUGGCUAACAUAACUUUAAU